UUACCCGGCCGAUGAGACCGUGCUUCUCGCGGAAACGAUGAUGCCGUGGACAACGGCGCCCAGAAACACUCCUACCUUUCCUGCCAUCGACGAGUUUCACAAUUUGCGACAGCAACAACAAACUCAGCAGAAAGAGGAAGCUGUUCUUUCCGUUUCCGAUCAAAGGACUCUCUAUCUGCAGGUCAACAUCUUCAUAGUGGAUACAACUCGUUUUCUCAACCAUUUUUAUGCCCUGUGUGAGGAAAAGUUCGUCGACGUACACAGGAGAAUACUGAGGCUAGAUUCCUCCCUUACACUGCUGGAGGAACAGUUGAGGAGUAGUUAUAGAGUUGAAGAAACUGAAGGACAUUGUGUUGACAAACAAAAAUGAAUGAUCAGUGACUUUCACCAUGACCAAGACAUCACUGCCUAGGUGGUUCUCACUGACUUCUGAAAUCUACUAAUCUCCUCCGUGGCUCUCUCCCUUGUUUUUCCAGACAAGUUUAUUUCUUCAAGUGCUUACCAAAGAAUCCAUGGUGUGUGCAGUGUUACUCAAGACUGAAAUAAAU